GUCAUGGAGCUCAGACUACUCUGCUUUGCCACCUGCUUUCUCCUGGCGGUCCGCUGCCUGCAGGGGCUGCCCUGCCCCAGCCGGUGCCUGUGCCUUAAGAGCACCGCUCGCUGCAUGUACUUGAUGCUGGACCACGUUCCUCAGGCACCACAGCAGACCACAGUCCUAGACUUGCGAUUCAAUAGACUAAGAGAGAUUCCAGCUGCUGCCUUCAAGAAACUCAAGAACUUGAAGACCCUUCUCUUGAACAACAAUCAAAUUAGAAAGAUUUCCAGAAAUGCUUUUGAAGGACUUGAAAACCUACUAUAUCUGUACCUUUACAAGAAUGAAAUUCACAUAUUGGAUAAACAAGCAUCCAAAGGCCUCAUAUCGUUGGAACAGCUGUAUAUUCAUUUCAACCAACUAGAAACACUACAUCCAGAGACCUUUGAAGACCUUCUGAAAUUGCAGCGACUAUUUUUGCAUAACAACAAAUUAUCUAAAAUCCCAGCUGGGAUCUUUUCUCAUUUGGAGUCAUUGAAAAGACUGCGCCUGGAUUCCAAUGCUCUUGUUUGUGACUGCGAUGUGCUAUGGCUGAGCGAACUGCUGCAAGGUUAUGCUCAAAAUGGCCAGACGCAGGCUAGUGCCACCUGUGAAUAUCCCGCGAGACUCCAGGGGCGCUAGGUUGCCUCCGUCCCCAUAGAGGAGUUCAGCUGUGAGAGGCCUCGAAUUACUUUUGAGCCUCAAGAUGUGGAGGUGACUUCAGGAAACACUGUCUACUUCACGUGCCGGGCAGAAGGAAUUCCCAAACCUAAGAUUUCCUGGAUACAUAACAAUCAUUCUUUGGAACUGGAAUAUGACAUUCGGCUUAACAUGUUUGAUGAUGGGACACUCAUGAUCCGAAACGCCCGAGAGUCAGACCAAGGAGUAUAUCAGUGCAUGGCUGGAAACUCGGCCGGUGUGGCCCAGAGCCACAGUGCUGUGCUCCGAUAUUCCGGCCUUCCAGCCAAACCAAGUUUUCUAAUCCAGCCCCAGAACACAGAAGUUUUAAUUGGCACUAGUACAACUUUGGAAUGUAUGGCCACAGGCCAACCACACCCUCAUGUAACAUGGACUAGAGGUGACGGACAGGAUCUGGAUGGAUCCAGGCACAUAGUAACGUCUGGAGGACUUCAUCUACAGAACAUCACACUACAAGAUCAGGGUCCAUUCACCUGCCACGCCAGCAAUAACCAAGGCUCUGUUCAAGCCACAGCAAACGUAAUUGUACAAGGGGGGCAACUCUCCCUUGCAGACCGACGUACCAUUCUUUCCUCUGGAACUUUGAGAAUUGACCAUGCAGUACAGCACGACCAAGGCCAGUAUGAAUGUCAAGCAGUCAGUCCACUGGGGGUGACAAAAGUGUCUGUCCAGCUGACCAUAAAGCUCAAAGAUCUCCCAGUGUUUGCUCAGAUUCCUCAGGACACAAUUAUUGAGGCUGGAAAAAACAUAAACAUCUCCUGUCACGCUCAUGGUGAGCCGCAGCCCAUAAUUAUAUGGAACAAGGCAGGUGUACAGAUCACAGAGAGUGGUAAGUUCCAUGUUGACAGUAGAGGCACACUCACCAUUUAUGAUGUGGGACAAGCUGACCAAGGAAGAUAUGAAGGUCUGGCUCAGAAUUCAUUUGGUCUCGUUGCAGCCAGUAUGUUUCUUAGAGUCUCUGCAACACAUGGUAAACAAGCUGGCGACGACUUUGUGGAAUCAUCUGUUCUCGAUGCUAUACAGAGGGUUGGCAGUGCAAUUAACUCUACACGAAGAUAUUUGUUUGCACAAAAACCUCGCACCCCUAGUGACCUACUGGCCCAGUUUCAGUAUCCACGUGACCCAUUUACUGUGGAGACAGCGAGAGCAGGGGAGAUUUUCGAGCAGACGUUGCAGCUGAUCAACCGUGUGAAGCAAGGGCUCACUGUGGAUCUGGAAGGCAGAGAAUUCCGCUACAAUGACCUUGUGUCUCCGUACUACCUCAACCUCAUCGCCAAUUUAUCGGGAUGCACAGCCCACAGGCGUAGACCCAAUUGCUCGGACAUGUGCUUCCACUUCAAGUACCGAACCGCAGACGGUACAUGCAACAACUUGCGGAGACCCGAGUGGGGCGCAGCGCGCACAGCCUUCGUGCGCAUACUGCAACCAGCAUAUGAGAAUGGCCUAGGCUCGCCGCGUGGAGCUGGGUGCCGCCCGAGCUCAGGACGGUGUCCACUCCCGCCGGCCAGGCUGGUGUCCACCGAGCUGGCAGGCACACCGACUAUAAGCCCCGACAACUGGUACACUCAUAUGCUCAUGCAGUGGGGCCAGUUUCUAGACCACGACUUGGCCCACGCUGUGCCAGCACUGAGCACCUCGCGCUUCUCGGACGGGAGGCCCUGCAGCUCUGUGUGCACAGAGGACCCUCCGUGCCUCCCUAUUGCCUUUCCAAAAGACGAUCCCAGGGGUGAUCGCGCAGCCUGCAUGUUCUUUGUGCGCUCUAGCCCGGCAUGGGCAGGCAUGACCUCGCUGAUGAUGAACUCAGUGUAUGCCCGGGAGCAGAUCAACCAGCACACAGCCUACAUAGAUGCUUCUAACGUCUACGGGAGCUUGGAACAGGAAUCCCAACUUCUCAGGGACCACUCCAGGCCUGGGGGUCUGCUGAGAACUGGCUUACGGUGGGCCCCCUCUGGAAAGCACCUGCUCCCUUUUGCCACGGGACCCCCGACAGAGUGCGCCACUGGUGAUCAGGACCAUACCAGCCCCUGCUUCCUGGCUGGUGACUACCGCGCCAAUGAGCAACUGGCGCUCACAGCCAUGCACACCCUUUGGUUCCGUGAACACAACCGGGUGGCCAUGGAGCUGUCUACGCUUAAUCCGCACUGGAAUGGGGACACUGUGUACCAAGAGGCCAGGAAGGUAGUAGGUGCUGAGCUGCAACACAUUACCUAUCAACACUGGCUGCCCAAAGUCCUGGGAGAGCCCGGUAUGCAACUGCUGGGGAAGUACCGGGGUUAUGACCCAAACGUGAAUGCAGGCAUCUUCAAUGCCUUUGCCACCGCAGCCUUUUGGUUUGGCCACACGUUGAUCAACCCCCUUCUGUAUCGGCUAAACGACACAUUUGGAGAGAUUCCCGAAGGCCACUUGCCACUGUACAAGGCGUUUUUUGCACCUUCCCGAAUCCUGAGAGGGGGAAUCGACCCCCUGCUCCGAGGCCUUUUCGGGACCUCUGCGAAGGAACGGGAGCCCUCUAGGCUGCUCAUCCUGGAGUUUACUGAAAGGUUGUUUGCUGCUGAGCACGCUGUGGCCCUGGAUCUGGCUGCCACCAACAUCCAAAGGGGCCGUGACCAUGGCAUCCCACCCUAUGGUGACUUCAGAGUUUUCUGCAACUUGACUUCUGUGGAGACCUUUGAGGAUCUUCAAUACGAAAUUAAAGAACCAGAGAUUCGAAGGAAACUGAAAAAGUUAUAUAGCAGUCCAGGUGACAUUGACCUGUGGCCAGCCCUGAUGGUUGAAGACUUGAUCCCUGGUACAAGAGUGGGACCAACACUCAUGUGCCUGUUGGUCAUCCAGUUUCAACGGCUAAGAGAUGGAGAUAGGUUCUGGUAUGAAAACCCUGGUGUGUUCACCCCUGCUCAACUCACACAGCUCAAUCAGGUGUCCCUAGGACGUGUGCUUUGCGAUAAUGGUGAUGCCAUCCAGCAAGUUCAGGCAGAUGUCUUUGUCAAAGCAGAAUACCCACAGGUUUACCUGAGCUGCAGUGACAUCCCGAAGAUGGAUUUGAGAGUGUGGCAAGAAUGCUGUGAAGACUGCAGGGAUAGCAUGCAGCCUAGAUUAUUCACCGCCGAAUUGCAAAACAGAUCCUCCACUCAAUACACCUAUCUUGGGAAGAGACAAACAGACUUCAGUGAUCUAGUCAGUAGGCAAACAGAUAACUUGUAUGUGGAUGAAGACACUACAAAUGUGACACUUAUGGGAAAAACAAAUUUCGCUCAGGAUUUCAGUAGCUUUGCAGUGGAAAUUCAAAAUACCAUCACAGAACUUAGAGAUCAGAUAAACAAGCUGGAGGUGCGCCUGAGGCUGGCAGGAUGUACAGAUGAUAAAGGAAUUCAAAGGGAGGACCAAGAACGCUGGAAUAGAGAAGACUGCAUUAGCUGUGCCUGUGAGAGUGGCCAAGUGACAUGUAUGGUGCAAACAUGUCCCCCAGCUCAGUGCCCCAAUCCCGAGUUGGUGAAAGGAGUCUGUUGUCCAGUUUGUAAGAGAAAGCAAGGAAUGUCUGCUGAUGCCCCAGAGAAACGCUGA